AUGAGUCUGUCCUCUCUUUCGAGCGCUCCAAUCAUUUUGGACGCAUGCAAAAAGCUAAAACAUUUACUGCAUUCAAGUUUCGGACCCAUGUCAUUCCAUAAAUUAAUUGUAAAGUAUCAUCAACACAUCCAUCCAGAAAUGAUUUACACCAAUGAUGGAGCAACACUUGUACGAUCACUACCAAUUGUAAAUCCAAUUGGAAAAAUUUUGUGUGAUUUAUCGAAAACUCAAGAGGAACGAGCUGGAGAUGGAACAACAGGCGUCAUUUUAUUAUGUUGUGAGCUUGUAUUGAGAAGUAUUGAAGAUUUGCAUUUAAAACAAUUAUUACCAUUGGAUGUUAUUUGCAAUUAUUUAUUUAUUUUAAAGAACAUUUGUGUGAAAUCAUUUGAAAGAAUGAGAUUAUUAGAAAGCGAAAAGAUUUCUCGUUUGAUUUAUUCGGAUAAGGAUUCCAUCUUUCACAUGGCUAAAAAUUCACUACAGUCCAAAGACAUUCGAUAUAUGGUAAAUCACUUUUCAACUCUUCUUAUCGAUUGCUUUGCUCAUGGAGAAAAGGUACCAAAACAAAGAAAAUUUCAUUGUAUCGAAGGAGGACAAUUGAGUGAUAGUUUUGGUUUUAGAGGAUUAUUUUGUAACGUGACAAGUUCAUCCUUUUCUUCAAAAUUUUAUCAUUCUCAAAAUCUUCAAUCAAGGUUUCAUAAGUGCAACAAAAUUUUAUUACUCAGCAGAAAAAAUCAAAACGUGAACAAUUUUGAAAGAACAUUAUGGAAAUCUAUUUUUCAAAUUGGAUCCACGUCUGAUAGUGGUAUCAUAAUAUUAAUGGAAGGAACAUUUCCUCAUCUCCACAUCUCCUAUCAUAAUAACUCUUCUGUAUUUAUUUUUGAUAACAUGAAUCCUAAAUUGUUGAAUCAAAUAAGUCUAUGCAUUGAUUUUCCAGUUCUAAAAGUGGGUUCAGUGUCUCAAAUUAGUGGUGAAGAAUUGUUUGCCAUUCCAACCACUCCAAUCAGCGAGGAGUGUCCAAGUAUUCAAUGCAUUUCUCAAGAACUGUUCAUUUGUAUUCCAAAUACAUGCCAAGACAUGUUUCACUUUGUUUUGAGAGGACCAUCCAAAACCAUUGUAAAGGAAACCAAACGAUCACUCAAAGACGCCUAUGAAGUGAUUAAGAAUCAUUUCUCAUUAUUGGAUAAAGCUGUGUGGAGUGACCAUAUGCCAUCUCCUCAUCAACACUUUUUAUGUGGUGGUGGAUGCCAUAUCGAAUUUCAGUUAUGGUCAGACAUCACUGGACAAGAGAGUUCUCAACUUCCUGCGAGUGUUUCAGAGGUGUUUAGUGAUUGCAUUCUGAGCCUUCCCCGAAUGAUCCUUCAAUCCUCAUCCUUCGAAUCGUCUCGAGAGAAUGAUCUAUUACGACUCAAAAGAGAAUAUUCAAAACAUCAGUGCGAGAAGAACACUGAUGACCAUAAGGAAGAAGGCUGUUUUUUCGGAAUUGAUUUAUUUGCCAAUAUGAGCGGCUCUCAUGAGAGUGUUAUUGUUGAGAAUGUGCUUGAACGUUUCCUUCUUGAGGACUCUCGUGUCAAACAACAUAUGGUAGAAUUGGCAUGCGAAACAGCAAUCACUCUUCUUCGGAUUAGUUCUGUUGAAGUUUGA